GUAUGCAUGCAGGGCAUGAAAUUUAUUGCGCAAAAAGGUGCAGCUUUUGUUCAGCUUCUUCAGCUUCACGGGCCUCACGGCUCUCUCUCACUUUGAGGGCCCAUUCUAGCACCUGAUUCCGUCAAAUGUGUAAACAUUAUGCACGGUAAUGCCUGGUGAUAAUGCCGUCGCGUGAUGUUCUAAGCUGUGACGUCAUUAGCGCAGGGCUUUUAGUCGCCUAAUGCUAAAAAAUCCCACGAUGUUGAUAUCACAGCCACACCUGUAACCGAGUUUUUGCAGCGUUUCCUGAUUUCUAGCCUUUCCAAUUUUCUAUAUUUUUACUACUUUUUUAUAAUAAUGGAGGAAGCACAGUUGCAGCCUUGCAUCAAGGUGCAACUCGGAAAACAUGAACUGGAAAGUAUCGUUGACAAAGCUAAAGACUGGGCUCUUAUGCACGGUAUUGGUAUACGGUCGAAGGUAGCGUUUAAUAAAAAUCAGCUUCAAGUAUUACCAUUUACUCUGCUGCCUUCAAGCUUUCCUAAGGAGAACUUCCAAAGAGCUAAAAGUAUUCAGACGUUAUUAAACAAACUGAUGCACAAGGUAGCACAUAAUCAUGAUUUCCUUCAGAAGAGUUUAAAAAGCACAGUUAAUGCAGACCCAUUUACAGCAAGAUUAUUCCAUAUUUAUGAAACUGUAUAUAAAGAAGGAUUUGCUCAAAGCCUCAGUCUUGGCUUAUUCAGAUCAGAUUACAUGCUACAUGAAAAUCAAAUAAAACAAGUGGAAUUUAAUACCAUUGCGAGUAGUUUUGGAGGAAUAGUUACCGUCGCUACUCAAUGGCACAAAUAUAUUCUGCCGCAGUUGGGCUACGAAGAUCAAUUAAAAAACAUUCCAGAUAAUAAUCCAAUCAAUGGACUUUCCAAAGGAUUAACACGUGCAUGGGAAAUGUACGAUGCUGAAAAGGCUGUAAUAUUGUUCAUCGUUGAAAGUAUUACUUAUAAUAUAUGCGAUCAGAGGUUCCACGAAUUUGAAAUACAUAAAAUUAAUCCGAAGAUCAGGGUGAUCAGGAGGAAUUUAUCGAAUCUGGUGUCCGAAGCGAAACUGGGUCCAAACAAAGAAUUAAUGGUUGGCGAUUCGGAGGUGGCUGUAGUCUAUUUCCGGUCCGGCUAUGAAGUCAACGCUUAUCCUACUGAACGAGAAUGGGAAGUUCGAUUGUUGAUCGAACGUUCUCGCGCGAUAAAAUGUCCGUCGAUACAAUAUCAUUUAGCCGGCACUAAAAAGGUGCAACAGUCUCUGGCUUAUCCUGGCGCGCUGAACGUAUUCGUGAAAGACGAGAGCGCGAGGAAACAGAUACAAGAAGUAUUUACUGGACUUUACUCUUUAGAAUUUAACGACGAGGCGGAAGCAAUAAUUGAUAAGGCUAUCGCCGAGCCAGGGAAGUAUGUAUUGAAACCGCAGAGAGAAGGAGGGGGGAACAACGUUUACGGCGAAGAUGUAAAGGUGCAAUUGGAAUCGAUGAGAAAGACGGAAGAAAGAUGUGGCUGGAUACUCAUGGAUCGUUUGUAUCCGCCCGCACAGAGUAAUUACGUAGUACGCGCUCGUAACGAGCCGUUCGAGGACAAUCAUUUAAAUUUCUCUAAUGUCGUAUCGGAGCUCGGCGUUUACGGCGUUGUUAUCGGAGAUUGUGAUAUCAUUGAAUAUAACGAGGAAGUAGGACACAUUUUGAGAACGAAAUCGCACGACGAAGACGAAGGAGGAAUAGCUGCUGGAAUCGGUGCCAUCGAUACUCCUUAUCUUAUCGAUUAAUAAAUUACUUAAACAAUUAUACGUGCGAGCCAAAAUGGUUCUUACUUGCGCGCGCUGGUUCCGGCAAUCGACCGACAGCCUCGCUAAUACUCGAAUGUCUGCAGAAAGUGCGCAGAAGUUGUGAUACUGUAAUUAUUCUGUGGUACCUGUGGCGAUAUAGGCGAAGCUUAAACACCCGUCACUUCAUGAUAAAUAAAGAAUAUUCAAAUUAAAA